AUGACUAAACUUCUUCCCUAUACCCUCCUCAACGAGAUCAUCGUCACCCUCGACCAGUCUUGUGCUUGUAAUUUUCCCAAUGCCAACGCAUAUGACCUCUGUGUCAUGCUCUUGGCUAGAGAGUAUCAAUCAACCUUCCUCCGAGUCCACCAGCAAAACCUCAUGCGUAUUUCGGAAAUCCUCUUCGUCUCUUUACCUACCACUAUCAAACGUAAAGUCUCCCUUUACACCUUACCUCUAAUCUCUCCCCCACCGAAGAUACACUUCAAACCAUAUCCCACCAACGUGAUCAUCAAAGAAUGGAUCCACGAAUACGAUAUACACCUUGAAGACCUGGUCGAUGAGAUCCAAAGAGUUGAGAAGAGAUUGACUGAUUUGAGAAGUAAGAACAAAGACAGUAAAGUGAUCAGGAAACUCGAAGAAUUGGACGAUAAAUACCAAAAACAUCUUGUUGUCAAGAGAUCGAAAAAGGAAAAGGAUGAUGGAGUAGUGAAAUGUCAAUAUGUGCCAAAAAGAGAGAAGUUAACCCUGGAUAGUAUCAAGCAACUCACCAAGGAGACAAUGGAGAAGUACAGAGCGCUCAAGCUGAACGGUGCUGAUGUCAAUUUUCAAGAGGAGGAAGAAGAUCAUGAACAUACGCCUCCCGAUAUCGACUUCCUCCACUGGCUGAACACGUUCGAUAUGCCUUCUGAACUUCUGGAACACCCUGUCCCCGAAAGCUUCCUCAAAAGUAUGAUGGACACUGAAAUCAGAGGUUUCGAUCCGACUUCGUCAUUCGCCAAUCAGAAGUCCACCGGGUCGACAUCUGGAGGUAAAUUGCCAAAUCCAGUAUCUAGGAUUGGUAAGAAGAGGAAAGUAAGUGGUCGAGCGGGACCGAAGGCUGGGUCAUCCGGUAUGACGAGUGAAGAGAAAGAGAAUAUCGUUGUAGUAGAGGUAUUGUAG